AGAACAUAACCUUUUGAAAAUAAAGAGAAUUUUCAGAGCAAAGGUAAAUUUCGUCUGUAGCUGUUGACCAAAUUAGGGCGCAAAAUUUACAAAAUAAAUAGGAUGAUUGGUUUCGUUGAAUGAUGCAUUUUAUUUUAACGUAUGUAAUAGAAACGAUAAAAAUAUCAAUGGUGUUAUUGGAUUGCAUGUAAUGUACUCGAGGCGAUGUCCGUGAGUUGUGUUACAGGUAGCAUUAUUGCUGUGAGCCAUGUUUUCGGCCCGAGAAAGUUUUUCAUUGAGUUAUCUUGUGGUAGCAAGACAUCUUUUAUUGUGGGACAGGAGAAACAGGAAUUUUGGCAGGCAGUUUUGAGAGUCAAUUCCACAUUUUUCUUCAGUCAUCUAGUUAAGAAAAACUGCGAUUUUAAGGGCAGACGCCUGAACCACCGCCUCAGCCUGUGGGCAACGACUGCAGACAGCACGUGCACGGAGGUUGUCGGUCUCCCUGCGGCACCAGGAGAUGGCGGCUGUUCGUGGCACAAGGUGACUGGGGUGUAUCAACCUUUGGCGCUGUACAAACUUGAAAACGUGCCUUGCUUGAGCCUUACUUUUGUGAGGCUGUGCGCGAAUGUCCCUGAUCUACGAGAAGGACAAGAGAUCAUCGUUCUGCACGGGCAUUUUGUCUGGGACUGUUUGUUUAUGUGUGGAAGGAGCCGGUUGAUCUUGAGGGAUGGUUCUGAUUGUUUAUUGCCCAGUGAAAAAAAUUUAUUACUUAUCUCGCUGGUUGCAAAGCUUGACUUUUCCAUCCAAGAUGUGUUUUGGCUGAAGACACAACUUGAUGUUUUUGAGGAAAAGUUUUCUGAUCAGUUUUUGCAAGGGGUGGGGGUUAUUCUGGAGCUGUGCCCAGGCUUGCGUGAGAGAGUCCUUGCGAUGUCAGUGAAGCUUGUUUCCACACACACCACGCUGUCUCGCUCGGUCGUGGAGGAGUUCCUGGCACACUCUCAGUGCGACCUCGACAGACCUGCAGUAUUCUCCAAGAACUUCCCAACGUUGCGGGACAUCGCAGGCGCUUGCCCAGUUGUCGACUCCUCCUCGUUCUGGGGGUACAGCUGCGAGGAGCUCUCGCUGCUUCUCCCGGAAAUGCCGGUAGUGGCAUACCUGGACACCACCGGUGGUCACUGGACACUGAAAGACUCGACCCUCUCUGUGCCCUGCAUCUUGACUUCUCUGGACCACCCUAGCACUGUCUUGCCUCUCGUCGGGAACUUUGUAGCUCUGACCAGGUUCCAUCUGGUUUGGGAAUAUUUUAAGACAGAGACCGGCACGUUAAGCUACGUGUACCUGGUGGUCUCCGCGAGCGACCUGCGCCUAGUCUUCGACAUGCAGAGGAAGUUGGCGGAGCACCUGGGCGCUUGCACUCGCUGUGGCAGGGCAUCCAACGCCAGCCACGUGUGCCUGAGCCACGGCCCCCCCGCGGAGUGCGCCCUCCGUGCGGCGAGGGCGCCAGCUCGUCGGGAGGGUGAAGCUCCGUGUUCCUCGGGGAGCGCGGGCUCUGGCUCCAUUGGCGUGCGCUGUUUGCACAAGUCUGCGGUCAGGAUCCCCACAGGGGAGACGGCACCACGGGGCCAUGUCCUCGGGUUGCUCCAGGAAGGAGAAACAACUCAGGAAGAAGGCUUGGGUUCGCAGCUUCACUACCUGGAGCUGGGUGGUCGACUCCUGAUGCUGUUGCCUCUCCUGAACACCGACACUGCGUACAAGCUCUGGUGGCCCCAGGACUCGCCCGAGCUGGUCAGGCGAGAAGCACCAUGCUUUUUAGGAAAAACAGUUAAUACAAGAAGCUUAAUUGUGUUGCCACAAGAUUCCAGCUUCUGCUGUACACAGAUUUCUCAGAAAUGUAAAGACUUCUACAGUGUGUCAGAGGGUCUGCAGGAAGGCUUGUCCAGUGAAGUUAUGGACUUGGAAGGUGUGAUUGCUGACAGAAGUCAUGUUGAUCCCAAAUACAUCAGCGAGAAACUGCCUCUGUGGGAAACUGGUUAUGGAGUUCCAAUGUGUAAAACAACGGUGCUGAGACUGGAGGAAGUGGGCGGGGGACCGAAGACGAACGUGUACCUGCCGAGGUGGGACCGCAGCAGGUACCCGCUCGGCCUGCUGCCGGGCUGCUGCGUCCGCCUCACCAUGAUGGAGAAGAGGCUGACCGCGGAGGGGGCGUACUUCAGCUCGUCGCCCCUGACCACGGUCGAGGUGCUGGCCGUGGGCCAGCCAUGGGACGUCGCCCCGGACGAGGACUGGGGUGGGAGCUGCUUGCUGCUGCACGUCCCUCCCGGCAGGCAGUUGGUGUGGGGCACGGUGGUGCUCUCCCGGCUCCUCAAGGUCUCCCUGAAGGCGGUGUGCAAGACCUGCGGCUGCCUGCUGCGAGGCGACGCCUGUGGCUUCGUGGGCUGCCACGACAAGACUGCAGCCCUGCCGUCCGCUCUGCUCACGGCAAAGGUCGCAGAUGCUUGUGCGGAAGCCAUUCUCGUCGUGAAGGACGACCUGGUGCGGCAAGUCCUCGAGAUGUCCGAGGUCCAGUGGCAGGCGCUCCUGAAGCUCGCGAUUCGGGACGGCGAGCUGCUAUACCUCUUCAGAGAGAAGGCACAGAUGCAUGAACCACAAACCUUGGGGCAAGAGGUUUUCAAGCUGUACUGCUCUGUUAUUGCACAAUGUAGGAACAUAAUACUUCAUGUCCGAUGUAAAAAAUAUCCACCGGACUCUAACAGUGAAUUUAAUUACAACAUUCCAAUCUUGUACUGUGUAGACAUCAGACGCUACAGGCCGACAACAACUAAGUCUACACAACUUGGUUCCUGAAGUGCUGUAUCUUCAAGUGAAGUUAUAUAUUAGCUUAGAACUUUUAUUGAAAUAAGAUUGACAUGUGCAGUACCUGUAUGUAGAUAUGAUCGAGUGUCAGAAGUGUAAUUUACAUUGUUAAGAACUUGUAUAUAUUUUUAUUUAUUUUUGAGUGAAUAAAUGUAAUCUCCAAGAUCAAAAUUGCAAGUUUUUUUUUAUAUAAAAAUUGUAAGAAUUUUA